AACACCCCAAACUGGUGAAGGGCCUGGGUCUGGGAGAGAACCUGCUCUGUGUAUGUGGGGUGUGCCAUGGAAGCAAGGAUCCUAGGCGGGUGGCCAUUGUGCAGUGGCUGCUGGGGUAGAGGCCUUGAGCAAGAAUCUGGAGAGGUGAAGUGGUGUGCACGGGGUGGGGUGCAUUAUGUGGGAUUUGCCAGGGCCGCUCUAAUCUCAGACUCAAAGACAUGCAGUUGGUACAAAGACAGCUGAGUUACUGAGGUGCACAUUUGGCCUGGGAAGGGCUGCCCGUGGCUGGUUUGUGCUGACUUCUGCUAGAGGCUCCCAGUCCUGCAUGGACUCUUGCAAUUUCUGACCCAGCAACAUCCAAGUUGGCAGAGGAACCAGGUCCGAGCUUCAAAUUCAGGGCCCAAGAGGGUGUUGGGGUGAGAAUCUGGGUAAUUGAGUUCUGGUAGGACAGUGGUGGGACCCUGACCUGGCUGCAGCUGAGCUCUGAACAUAUGCUCUGGCAUUUGAACAGGAAUGGAAGGCCAUCAUCAAAGAGUUGUUGGAGGGACAGGCCAGGUUGCUGGAGGGGUGGAAUCAGCGUUCAUUACUGAAUCAGUUCCUGGGAGAGUGCAGUUCAGCACCCUGCCGUGCCUGGAGCACAGUAUGGAAGGGCAGGAUGAGAAGCCCCCGGGACCCCUUAAGGCCUGCACGCAGGACUCUCUCCUUCCUCAAGAGAUAAUCAUCAAGGUCGAGGGAGAAGAUGCUGGGUCACUGACCAUCCCAUCCCAGGAAGAAGUGAACUUCAAAAUUGUAACCGUGGACUUUACUCAUGAGGAGCAGGGUACUUGGAACCCUACCCAGGGGAUCCCAGACAGAAGUGUGAUCCUGGAGAACCACAGGAACCUGGUGUCUUGGGACUUGGCAACUGCACUUGGAAGAAGAGAAUCGACUUCAAAACAGAGCAUUUUUGAUAUAGAACCAUCCCCUGGAGUAAAGAUAGAAAGGUUGACAAGAGAUGAUCCUUGGCUAUCUUCAUGUGAAGAAGUUCAUGAUUGUAAGGACCAGUUGGAGAAGCAACAGGAAAAGCAAGAGAGACUUUUUCAGGAAGUGGCAGUCACUCAAAGGAAAGCUAGUAUUCAUGAGAGGAUCUGUAAAAGUGAUGAACUUGAGAAGAGUGAUCUAAAUUCCAGCCUUCUUUCACUCCCAGUGAUACCCAUAAGAAACCAUUUUCAUAAACAUUUGUCACAUAUUAAAAAAUCCCAUCAUAACUCUGUUAUAAACAGUCACCAGAAGAUUAACAACAGUGAGAAACUAUGUGAAAAUAAUGAAUGUGGAAAACUCCCUCAGAGCAUUCACCUUAUUCAGUUUACAAGAACUCAAAAAAGAGAUAAGUCCUGCGAAUUUAGUGACACUAUUCAACCUCUUAGUCAUGGUGCACCCCUAAAUGUACAUGAAAAAAUUCAUGCAGGUGGUAAAACCUUUGAUUUUAAGGAAUGUGGACAAGUUUUGAACCAUGAUAUACCCUUUCAUGAACAACAGAAAAUUCCUGUUGAAGAGAGUCAGUUUAAAUGUAGUAAAACUUCUCAGAAUUCAUCCCCCACUCAGAACAGGAGAUAUAAUUCUGAAGAGAAACCUUUUGAAUGUAAUCAGUGUGGGAAAUCCUUCAGCUGGAGCUCACAUCUUGUUGCACAUCAAAGAACUCACACAGGGGAGAAACCUUAUGAAUGUAGCGAAUGUGGAAAAUCCUUCAGCCGGAGCUCACACCUCGUUUCCCACCAGAGGACUCACACUGGAGAGAAACCUUAUAGAUGUCAUCAGUGUGGGAAAUCCUUUAGCCAGAGCUACGUGCUUGUGGUGCACCAGAGAACUCAUACUGGAGAGAAGCCUUAUGAAUGCAGCCAGUGUGGGAAAUCAUUCAGGCAGAGCUACAAACUUAUUGCACAUCAACGAACUCAUACAGGAGAGAAACCCUAUGAGUGCAGUCAAUGUGGGAAAUCAUUUAUUCAGAGUUAUAAACUUAUUGCACAUCAAAGAAUUCACACUGGAGAAAAACCUUAUGAAUGCAACCAAUGUGGGAAAUCCUUUAGUCAAAGUUAUAAACUUGUUGCGCAUCAGAGAACUCACACCGGAGAAAAACCCUUUGAAUGUAAUCAGUGUGGGAAAUCUUUCAGCUGGAGCUCUCAGCUGGUAGCACAUCAAAGAACUCACACUGGAGAGAAACCCUAUGAAUGUAAUGAGUGUGGAAAAUCUUUCAACCGCAGUUCUCACCUUGUCAUGCAUCAGAGAACUCAUACCGGGGAAAAACCCUACGAAUGUAAUCAGUGUGGGAAAUCCUUCAGCCAGAGUUAUGUUCUUGUUGUACAUCAGAGAACUCAUACUGGAGAAAAGCCCUAUGAAUGCAAUCAGUGUGGGAAAUCCUUCAGGCAGAGUUCAUGCCUUACUCAACACCAGAGAACUCAUACUGGAGAGAAACCUUAUGAAUGUAAUCAGUGUGGAAAAACGUUCAGUUUGAGUGCACGACUUAUUGUACAUCAAAGGACUCACACUGGAGAGAAACCCUUUACAUGUAAUCAGUGUGGGAAAGCUUUCAUUAAUAGCUCUAAGCUUAUUAGGCAUCAGGCAACUCAUAAUGAAGAGAAAUCCUAUGAAUAUAAUUAGUUUGGAAAGUUUUAUCCAGAAUUAUUGCUUUUGCUUUUAUUUUGUUUUUAAUUUAUUUUAAGUAAGUGGUGGGAAGAACUAGUAUAAAAAUUAUGCAUGUGGAAAACCUUUUAGUUUAACCCUUUUUUAUGGUAUAUCUGGAAGCCCAUUUUGAAGAAAGGGGGAAAGCUAUGACCUACAUAUUUUAACUUAACAAUUUCAUGAGCAAUGUCAGACUCGGCCCUUAGGAACAUCCUGCAGAUGUAAUAUAUAUCCUUUUCCUUGCAGUUAGCACUCAGACCUGAAUCUGAGAGAAAACAGUGAGCUAGACCUCUUUCCCCCCAAGAGUAAAUGAAAUGCUAACACUAUGCUUGUUGUAGAAAAGACUGAAAGAGUGCUGUAGGUUGUAAAACUUAGGCUGGAUAACAGUUUUCCAGAGUAUCAUUCUACUACUUGAGUUCCCUGUUAGAUAGUUUGGAAUCUGUUUUGUAUGGCACUUUGUUACAAGUGAAGAUUUGUAAACAUUAGGUAAUUGGCCAUGAUAUGAAAUGGAAAACACAGGACCAGAAUAUAGAAAUUUUCAUUUCUAGAACCGUUAUGAUAUUUGCAUAUAGAUCAGAAUUGAAAGGGAUUAUGGGUGUAUUUAAUUCAUAUUUUGGUUAAUGCCAGGUCUUCUUUGUUUUUUGGGAAUGUAUGGUGUUUAUUGUAUGCUACAAUACAUGAUAUAAUGAACAAAACUUUGUCAAAACAACAUAAAGCAUAAAAAUUCCCAUCUUGUUUGACCAUUUAGGAAAGAUGGAACAACCAGAUAGCAGGGUUAUCUCAGGGUUCUGUUAUUCCCAUUUCUCUUAGCAUGAACAGACUGCUCCUUAGGGGUUGGAUUCCCAGGAAUAUUCUUUGUUGAAAUUAAUUCCUUGGGAAUAAUGGGUAACUAGGAUUUGGACCAGAAAGGGUCUGUAUGAGCAGUUGAGAACACAUGGGCAGUACAGAGCUUAUUUUCAUAUAUUCAAAGCAGUAUAAAGGAGCACUGUUUCCAAGUGGGUUUUUCCUCUCCUUGUUUGGUGGAAUUUUUUUCUCUGGAAUGUGUUACUAAUGUAAGUGUCCUCUCAGUGUGUGUGUGGGGGGUGGGGGGAGUGCUCGAGCGAAGUGCCCUUCACCUAAAUGUAGCUUGCAAGAAUGUUUUUUAGUAAAACAAAUUUUGUAGGUUCUCUUCAGUUUUUAAGAUUUGGUUCACAUACCUUUAUGACCCUUGUCCCUAAAUCAUGAGUUCUAAUUCUGUAAAUUACCAUGUGCCUAAAGCCUCUGUUCUUAGAUAAUAACAAAAUAAGUGAAGAGAUGAACUGACAGCAGAGAAAAGAUGUGAAUUCUCUGAAGAAAAGAAGGAAAACCUAAAGUGACAUCUCGUGGGGGUAAUUAGUAAAAUUCUGUCCCCAUGAAAUGACCCUAAGGAACUCUUUCUUUGAGGAAUAAGCUAGAGAAUUUACCAAACCUGACAGUGAAAGAAGGUCUCAGGGGACAGUUGUUGAGGGCAGGAAAACUUGCUCCCAUCCCAGGAGAAUUGACUCUUAGUUCCUUCAUUGAGUCUUGGAGAGGGCAUGAAGUUAUGGAAAGCCUUAGUUUAACAGUGGGACCUAAAGAGUCUUCCCCCAAAUUAUAGAUAAAACCAGAAUUGGUGCUAAGUAUAGCACCAAUAAAAUUUUCACUGGGCCUGUUGAAUCUUACUUGGAAGGCAAGGAUCCAUGAUUGUAUUAAUUAAUAUAAAGCCAGAGAGGAUAAUAAUUAGACCCUGAAGAUUUCAAGUUUUGGAAGUGAUUUAUUCCAAAGAAAUUUCUUAAGUAAAUGAUGAAAAUAUUUCAUCAACGAAGUGAAAUUUUUAAGAUUAUAAAAGCAUUUUGAAAUGAGUGUGUGAGUGAUUGUGUGUGUGUGUGCGUGUGUGUGCGUGCGUGUGCGUGCGUGUGCUGGCUACCUGGCGAGGUUGAAUAUGUGUCAUGUUUGUGUCAUAAAUGUAUCAGUUCUUCGGUGGUGAUUUAUGGUUGCCAAGUGCUUGAAGUAAAAUAGAUUUACUAAUUAAACAAAAAUGUUAGAAUAAUUUCUGUCAUUUGCUCAAUAAUUUCCCUUUGAAAGAAAGGUGUGAGAAUUCCAAAAUGAUCAAUCAAAAAUAGAAGUGUCAGCAUACCAAAAAUAUGUAGUUAAACUUCUUAGCUUAAAGUUUAGGGCUAAGAAAGGGUAUUCAAUAACUUGAUUUUAAUCAUACACACAGACUGAGCAUCCCAAUCUGAAAAUCUGAAGUCCCAAAUGCUCCAAAAUUCAAAAUAUUUUGAGUGCCAACAUAAUGCCACAAGUGGAAAAUCCCACACCUGACCUUAUGUGACAAGUUACAGUAAAAAUACUGGCAUACUUUAAGAUACUGCAUAAAAUUACCUAAAUUGGAAAGUGUAAAUUGUGAAAUUGUCAGGUGUAUAUGAAACAAAUGAAUUUCAUGUUUGGACUUGGGUCCCGUUCCCAAGACUCCUCAUUAUGCAUGUACAAAUAUUCUAAAAUCUGAAAUUCGAAGUACUUCAGGUCCCAAGCAAUUUGGAUAAGAAAUAUUGAAACUCUGUACAUAUUUUAUAGGCCAGAUUUCUUUUCUUUCUCUUUGCUGGGUACAAUUAGAAAUAAAGGUGACAAAUGUUUUUAAUACCUGGAUGUUAAGAAAUCCUCUUCUAGAACUAGUUUUUCAAAGAGUAAAUCAAAACUGAAUUUGAAACUGCCUAGGAAUUAUCUAUAACUGUACUGCACAAAUAAAAUAUGUGUAAAAAAAAAUAAAACUGCCUAGGAAGCAGGGAGAUGAGUCCUUUGGCUAUAAGCUUUUCUUCUGGGUCUGCAUUUGGUUCACAUUUUUCUCCACGACAAUUUGCUUUCUGAGAGGACAAAGAACAUACUACAUUUGCAAGACACUUUGUGGCAGUGUGAAACCCUAUGGAUGUCAAUUUCUGAGCUUCCUGUAGUUUUAGAAAAUGUCAAGGACAUGCCGUUAACCUGAAUUGCUAGUUUAUUUUUUAUUUUUUUUUUAAUUUUUUAAAUGACAGUGAUAUAUGCAGGUGAUCAUAAGUGGAGGUGUUGAAAUUUUAAUAGUUGAGGUUAAGAUGAAAUAGAACCACAUCUAUGGAAAAGCCAGAAUUGUUUCCUGAUGAAAUUCCAAAUUCAUUUAUCUGACAUAACUGUUGUCUACUAAUUGUAUGAAGAUUCCAUUACUGAUGUAGGUGUACGUAUUAUUUUUAUGUUCUUUGGGGGUGGAGGGAGUUGCAAUCCCUUUUUAUAAUCUCAUGCUUUGAUUAGAUGCAAGUUUAAUUUGCUGAUAGUGUUGAUCAUCUGGACCUGUAUGAACACACCAGUUCCAAGAUGUGUUCCACAGAAGUUGGGCACCCAGCCAAGGUUAGUGGUGCAUGCUUGUAAUCCCAGUGGUUUGGGAACCAGAGGCAGGAGGAUUGUGAGUUUAAAGCCAGCCUCAGCAACAUAGCAAGGCCCUAAGCAACUCAGUGAGACCCUGUUUAGAUAAAAUACAAAAAGGGCUGAAGGUGUAGCUCAGUGGUUAAGGGCCCCUAGGUUCAAUCCCCAGUACCAAAAAAAUAUAAAACAAAAAAUUGGGCACCAAGAUCACCACAGCUUCCCCAUGUGGUACAGCCUCUGCCCAUGCACAAGUAUCCUGUGUCCCUCUACAGAAAGAGGAUGCUAGGAUGGGAAGAUAGGCAACACUGUGUGUGGGGUGUUGUUCUUUGUUUACACUGGACAAAGUGCAGUUGUACAUUUUUUUAUUUAAAAGGAAGAUUAUUGUUUCUGACUUUAAAUGAAACUAAAUUGUGAUUAUGUAUGAGACACUCAAAUUGGUUAGAAAACAUUGAAUUAAAACUUUUUAAAGUAAAAGAUGGUGACUAGGUUGCAGCAGAGUUAAGUUGUAAACAGCAACAUUAGUUCACACCCUUACAGACUGAGCAGCCUCUCGGGUCACAUCUUACCCUGUGGACUCAUCCAUUGUGCAGCAGAUGAUCUGGAACCAGGGCUCUGGAGAGCGGCUCACCUUAAGGCAGAAAAGUAAAACGGACAUAACACUUUAUGGCCAUAAGUAACCUCUCAGAGACAUCUGUGUCAUGUGACAUAAGCCCCAGGGGCCCUUGUCCCAAGCAGAGCCAGCCAGGCAGGAGCUCCGAUCAUUGAGAAAGCAUUAGUCAUGGACACAUGGGUGGAGCUAGGUCUGCAUAGAACCUUCGGUCUAUUGUGAGAUGCAGGAUCAAGAGCCCUAAGGCACAAACUGGGAUUCUAAUAGUUUUCACAAAACAUAUUUUAUAUUGGUCAGUCCAAAGUAUCCUGUGUGAAAGUUGUUAGCAGCUACUGUUAGUCUCUUUAGGAAAUGAAAACUUCUCCAGACUGAUUGUAAACCAUGGGUGUUUUACACAUUGCAAGGAGUACCUAAAGGU